GUAAAGAGAAGAACGAGGAGAGAGGGGUACGGCGCUGCCUGCCAUGUAUUCGUCGCCUUUGCCCUCGCGGCCGCGGUGGGAGGAGGCAGAGAAGAGCCGCUGGGGAGAAAGCGUCUCCGAAGUCGUUCUCGGGCUCUACCGCUCUCUUCCGAAGAAGGGGAAGCCUCAGGGCAAGGAGACCACUGUCCUCGCCGCUUUCCUCCUUUCCUCGCCUUCCGACGUUCUCGAGGUCGUGGCUCUGGGCACUGGCACCAAAUGCAUUGGGCGCUCCUUCUUGUGCCCUGGAGGAGAUGUCGUCAAUGACUCCCACGCUGAGGUCAUCGCGCGCCGGUCCCUGGUGAGGUACUUCUAUGCGGAAAUUGAACGCCUUGAUCGCAUCCAGAAAGAUGGCAGAGACCGUUUAGGUUUAGAUGAUGCAUCCAGUUCGUGUUUUGAUCUGGAUGAUAGUUGCCUUGGCCAGACCAAGUACAAGAUGAAACCUGGUUGGGGAUUGCAUAUGUAUAUCACCCAAUUCCCUUGUGGAGUUUUCUCUUAUCCUUCAAUUCAAGCAGAUGUACCUACAAAAACUCGAGGAGGUGAAUUAUCAAUUAGAUGUUCAAAUGGAAAUUAUCAAACAAAUGGGAUAGACCAUUUCGCAGGUGAACAUCCUCAGAUGUCAACAGUUGUCCAAAAGAAGCCAGGACGUGGUGAUGCAACUCUCUCCAUGAGCUGCUUUGAUAAGAUAACCCAUUGGAGUGUUGUUGGAGUCCAAGGGGCUCUGCUUUCUCAUAUUUUGCGACCAGUGUAUUUGUCUACCAUAACUGUAGGCAUGUUUCCUUUUGAUCCUUCGCAGGCAAAUUCUCUUGAAAGUGCUAUCUUCAAUCGCACAGCUCACAUGCAUUCCAAUCUAUCAGCCUCUUUUCAUGUUAACAGGCCUGUUGUAUUUGAGGGUCCUCCUGCAAUGAAGUUCCUUGAGUUUCAUACUUUUGAUGCUAAUUUAACUUGCGGGUAUUCUAUCUGUUGGAACAAGUCUGGUUUGCAUGAAGUUGUCUUGGGAACAACUGGUAGGAAACAAGGCACCUCUUCAAAAGGAGCACUCUUGCGUUCCACCGAGUCAUCUCUAUGCAAAAGGAGGUUACUGGAAGUUUUUGUGUCUUUGAGAUGUUCAUCCUCUUUACUGCUGCAAUCUGCAGAAAUUUCGUACUCUGAGCUAAAGGCUAUGGCUCAUGAAUACCAAUCCUGUCUCAGAAUGCUUAGAGAAAGCCCUGCAUUUGACUCUUGGCAUCGAAAACCUGCCGACCUCGAGAUGUUCUCCAUCGCACAGUUAUCAGUGAGUUCAGAGUGAACUUCAUUUAUUCUUUUUCUACCCUUGUUUUCUUGCGUUUUAUAGCGCAGUAGGGUGAUUUAGGUUCAUUAGAUAUUCGUGUAGCUGGUAGAAAGAUUCAUGUAAGUUAUACAAAUGAUUGCCAUACAUGAAUUAGUGUUGUAUCGAGUAUUUAAUUUAUCUGGAGGAUUCAUCUUUACUUUGGCUUCCUCUAGUUUCUUGAA